CCUUGCACGUUGUUUGGAGCGUGGAACGCAAUUACCGCCCUUACCAACGACUGAACGACGCUUAUCUUCUUCACAGGGCCGGCUCCACACGGAAUCUCGUAAAAAAUUUGGCGUUAUAUUACAUCAGAAUAUACCUCUGAUGCGCAAAGCAUCAAUGUGCCUAUAUACCCUGUCUAACAGAUUCUGCAGAUCCACUUUAAUCUGAACUAGGUUUUUGAUUGCGAGCAUUCACCAAGCUGGUUUUAAUGGCUGCCACUUUAUUUGUAGUUUCAGAGUAUGGAAGCCUCACACACAAAAGGAUUGUCUGCAGCGGAGGAAACCCAUUUGCGCAAAAGAGUGCUGGAAAUGGAUCUCCCAAGGUUUUGGUAUGUGUUUGCUCAAAUUCAAAGGAUCAGAAGAUGAAGGGCGUGGAAAAGAAUAUAGUGAAGAUAAAAUUUGAUUUUAUUGACAAGGGGCUGAAAUCAAGAUUGCGGAUUCCCCUCUUUGGGUGGUUUGCUGAUGAAAAACUGGCAGAGGGCAGCAGCAGCGGAUCUGUUGAAUCCUCUGUUCUGCAGAUCACAAGAAAACCCACAGAAAAUGAGGGGGAGAUUUCAGUGAGGAGACAAUCCAAGUUUGUGGCGGUGAGUUUCACUCCAGAGAAGGCCAAAUUGCUGCGGAAAACACUUCGAUCUACUUCGAAUUUUCAUGAUCUGAUGUAUCAUUCCGCCAUCGCUUCUCGUUUGGCUUCUGCUGAGUCCUCUUCAAAGGAGGGAAACCCCUCUUAAUCUGUCGAUAUGGUUAAGUUUAGAAGAGGGCUUUUUUUGUACAUAGUUUUGUUGCUCUGUAAUUGAUUUUCCUGUACAUUCUCUGUUUGCGUGGCUGUAAAUCUGUGGUAGAAAAUCAGAAUAAAUCUGACAUUAGGUUCCUUUGGUUUGUUAAUCCAGACAGAAUAUUGUGAUUAAUUUCAUUUUCUGUGCUGGAGAUCCACAGUAGUGUACAGGGCACUAAGUUAAUGUCAUUUGAUGCAGAAAAUCCUGUUAUCUUUUUAUUUGCACUUCAGAGUCUCUGGUAGAUAAAUUCAGAUUCAAGAAAGAUGUGCUACUUUUUUCAUCA